CUCCGCUCCGUGCCCAGCCGUGCCCCCUGCCCUCGCCAUGCCCAGAGCCUUCCUGGUGAAGCGCCGGAGCCCGCAGCCGGCGGUGCGCAGCUGGGAUGGGCUGCCCGACGAGGAGAGAGCCGACACCUACAUCCCAGGCGGGAUCGGCUGCGUGCUGCUGGGCUAUGAAGACAGCUGCAGCCUGGAGAGCAGCGGCAGCAGCGGGACCCGGGACGCCGAGCCCAGCGACCCCCCGACGCCCCAACCUGCCCCCGGCGAGCUGGGCACGGGCGGGGGGAUGCUGCUGGACCUGGCCGUCAAGCGCCCCAUGGUCAGGUCAAAAAUCAAGUUCACCACUGGCACCUGCAACGAUGCUGCCCUGCAUAGCUGCGAGCUGUGUGGCAAAGGCUUUCGCCUGCAGAGGAUGCUCAACCGUCACAUCAAGUGCCACAGCCAGGUGAAGAGACACUUGUGCACCUUCUGUGGAAAAGGCUUCAAUGACACCUUUGAUCUGAAAAGGCAUGUCCGGACCCAUACUGGCAUUCGUCCUUACAAGUGCGAGGUUUGCAACAAGGCCUUCACGCAGCGCUGCUCGCUGGAGUCGCACCUGAAGAAGAUCCACGGCGUGCAGCAGCAGUACGCCUACAAGCAGAGGAGGGACAAGCUGUACGUGUGCGAGGACUGCGGCUACACGGGCCCCACGCAGGAGGACCUGUACCUGCACGUCAGCGGCGUCCACCCCGGCAGCGCCUUCCUGAAGAAAACCUCCAAAAAACUCGCGGCUGUUCUGCAAACCAAACUCAGCCCCGUCCUGCAGAGGAACUCCAAAGAGGACGGCAAGGACGAGUGAUACGGGGGCUCACGGCGCUCGGCAGGAAUGAAGUUUACAUGUAGGACUACGUAUAUUAUCUUUUUAAGAACAGUUUUGAAAGAAACGCCUGAAAUUAAAGGGAUGCUUUUGUUAACGGGACUCUCUUGAUGCUGGUAAAACCUCAGCUUGACAGAAAUAUUCCCAUUUGUGAUGGAAACAUCAGACUUUUUUUUUUAUCUGGCCAAUAAAAACGGAAUGCUUGCAAAGGC